AUGGCAGCCCCCGAGACGGUUAGACUACGGCUUCAAUUUGACUACCCGCCGCCAGUCACCCCGGACUGCACUGUCUUCUGGCUUCUUGUCGACUUGAGCAGAUGCCGAGUUGUCACAGAUCUUAUUAGUCUCGUCCGCCAGCGCUUUGGCUUCAGCUCUGGGGCCUUCCUAGGCCUCUACCUGGAUGGGGGGCUCCUGCCCCCCGGCGAGAGCGCGCGCCUGGUGCGAGACAACGAUUGCCUCAGAGUUAAAUUAGAAGAGAGUGGAGUUACUGAGAGUUCUCUAAUAGCCAGUAAUGGUGACAGUACUACUGUAUUACCUAGAAAAACAAAGAAGCGGGCAUUUAAGUUGGAGGAGGAUGAAGAAGAUGAACUAGGUUACAAAUAUUCAAGGAAGCAUUGGAAGAAGCAAGAGAACAACAACAAUAAUGAGAAGACCCUGGAUCUGGAACCAAAAGCUGUCAUAGAUCAGAACGUGAGGAAAAAAAACAAGAGGAAAAACAAAGCAACAUGUGAAGUAGAGGGUGAUGAUGCAGAAGAGACCAGAAGAAAAUCACCAAAGAAAAAGGAGAAAGGUGAAUGUAAAAGACAGAUAAAGAAUCCCAAGCCUCCUAAAGCACAGACAGUGAAAGAGUGGACCGUCCAGAACUGUAGUCCUCCAAAAGGUUCGCCUGGUAGAAACAGCCUUGUUAAAGCCAAAAAGAAAGGUGGGAUAGGCAUUUGUACAAAAGAUAGCCCUAGUUCCUCCUCAGAGUCUGAGUCUUCUCACGAGUCAACCAGUGAUGGUCUCAGCAAUGUUGUUUUAGAGGUCAGAAAGUCCUCAGAGAAAGUAUCAACUGAGUUAUCAAAGGAAGGACCCUCUGCGAAAAACACAACUACAAACAAACUGCUUACAAAAACUAGCUUCAGUCUUUCCCCCAUCAAGGGCAAGGCAGCGAAAACAUCAUCUUCUAGUUCAGACUCCAGUUCAGAGUCAGAUGACCAGAGCACAAUGUCACAGAGACCCGCGGAGCGUGCUGCAGGUUGCUUAAAGACAGUGGGCCUCUUAGCAGGAAGAGGUUUUCCAGGGCCAGGGUCAUCGGCACAGACUCCAAGUGCUACUGGAUGGAAGCAUUCUGAUUCAAAUGGUGGCAGACAAGCUCCUGGUCCUCCUCCCAACUUGUCUCUCCCCACCAGUGUGGGAAGAGGAUUGGGUAGAGGAGAGGACCUUCUUUCUUGGAAAGGAGCUAGGGGUCGGGGAAUGCGAGGGAGAGGGAGAGGGCGAGGGCAAACCAUUCCCUGUGUUUUAAAUAGAAACAAUGAAUAUCAGAAGCAGCAGCAAUUAAAUGAAGUGAUAACAAACUCAUCUACUGUUAUCCAGAAUCCCGUAGAGAUACACAAGAAGGACUAUAGUAUGUUACCACAGUUAGCAGCUGCCCCUCAAGUUGGAGAAAAGAUUGCAUUUAAGCUUUUGGAACUAACAUCUGAUUACUCUCCUGAUGUCUCUGAUUAUAAGGAAGGAAAAAUAUUAAGCCACAAUCCAGAGACCCAGCAAGUUGAUAUAGAAAUCCUUUCAUCUUUACCUGCCGUGAAAGAACCUGGAAAAUUUGAUUUGGUUUAUCACAAUGAAAAUGGAACUGAGGUGGUGGAGUAUGCUGUGACUCAGGAGAAGAGGAUCACUGUGUUUUGGAGAGAAUUGAUUGAUCCAAGACUAAUUGUUGAAUCUGCAAGUAACACAUCAAGCACAGAACUUGCCUGACAACCGUCAGUAGGAGUCUAUAAUACCAAGUACAAGAAAGCGCUGCACAUCUUGUCUCAUGAAGUUAUAUUAAGUAACACUUUUAAAUGUUAAGGCAUGUUACUUGACCUAAUUUUUUUAACAUUUGAAUUGUUCCAUUUAAUGUGGAACAUCUUCUAAAUUUCAAGUAUUUUAUACUUGCAAUUGUCAAGAGUUAAUAGGUGGUUGGAUUUGUUGAAGGCACCAAGUUAAGGAAUCCUGAUCACAUUUUUCUCAACUUUAAAAUUAAGGAUUCUGAGGGCCCUUUGUAGAGCUGUGAAGAUAAUAUUUCGUGUACGUGCCUGAGGAAGAACUGGUGCUCUACUUGGGUGAGAAGGGUGUAUUUACUAUGAGCUUCAGUCCAGGGAAUGUGUUACUUGUCAGAAGAUCCCGAGCACCUGGCUGAGCAUGCUGGAGUCAGGAUCUUGAACAAAAACGUCCUCUUCUGUUCUUAUUCAACACAAAGCUAAAAUGGCUAAAUAUAUACUGUGAAAAUUGCUUUCUUCUAACAAAACAUCAGAUCCCUCCUUCAGCUUUGCAAAUUUUUGAAUAAAAUCAUAUUGAACUAAACUUACAUGCUGAGUCAUCAUGUUUAGUUGAGUAUUGCAAAUCUACUUGUUUUACAAUAAUGCAAGAGAUUCCAAUUUUCUGUAACAAGAAGAUUUGCCUUGACUAAAGCGUUUGAUCUCCAGAGUAUGGGCCAAUGGAGUUCAUCAGAUCCGGGAGGCUUUGGGCCAGUGAAGAUGCUGUCCAGUUUUAAUUUGCAUGACAUUGAUGUGUAUCAGAAUGUGGCUGUAUUGAUUUGUAAUGAGAAGUAUUACUUCAAAAAGAGUGAGAUUGAUGUGAAUGAUGGAUCUUGGCACUGGGGCUCUUGCGUAAAAACCAAAACCAAACCCAUUGCUGUUGAGUCGAUUCCGACUCAUAGUGACCACAUGGGGUUUCCAGGGAGCCACUGGUGGAUUUGAACUGCCAACCUUUUGGUUAGAAGCUGUAGCUCUUAGCACACUCUUUUUCCAGGGUUUGGGAAACAUAUUAAGAUAACUAAUAAACAUUGACUAGAACAAAGGAAGUGUUGACCUCAGUGUGUGUUUUCCUUAAAUGGUAAUCAGCUCAUGAGUCACCUCUUUGCUCUGUAGUGGUGUUUUUCACACUAGAAGGAGAAAGGUCAUAAAAUCAAUUUGGUGGGUCAUGACCAGCUUUUUUAAGAAUGAAAUACAAUAGAAGGAUAGUGCACCAC